AUGUCUUCCGAACAUUACUGUAACCCAUCUACCUCAACCACGUCUCCAGAUGCCAAUUCUUCGUCAGAAGCACCGUUCAACAAAGAUUCCUCUUCAGAAUCCCCAUCCAACUUUGGGAAUCAGAAUUCAUCGUCCGACGAGUCGACUACAGCUUCAUCGUGCUCUGAAUUGGAUAUUGAGGAUGACCGGCUAAGGACAUGGGCUUUGUGUCCUAUUGGCUAUGACAAGGCUAUCAUUAUAACAGUUUUUAUUGCAAUAUACGCUUCGGUGUUCUUGUUUUAUGCACAACAUCAUCUGGUGGUGCUAUUGGUUAUGACUUCGUAAGUUUAUAAUGUAGUAGGGUUGGACUGAAGCAAAGAUACUGUAGGGCUCUGCUAAGGCAAAGCUACGGUAGAGUUGAGAUAGGACAAAGCUACUGUAGGGUUAUGUCAAGGUAACAUAAGGUAAGGUAGGGUAGAGUAGGAUAGUAGGGUAGGGUAGUGUGGGGUAGGGUUUAGUAUGAUAGGAUAGGGUAGAGCCACGCACAAUACAAGGCUAUUACAAAACAAUUUCAGGUUGAUUAUGUUAUGGGUGGUAUGUCUGUUCACAAUGGGUAUGCUAUGUGUGUUGUACAUGAUGUUCCGGAUAUCAAAGAUGGAACUUGUUGAUGAUUCUUCUCAACUCGACGCUAUUGUAUCUACGAUUACAGUGUUGGAGACCGUAGUAAUAAAGCAAGAUGCUAUGGACGAGCCUGUUGAAGUAAAAGUGUAA